UACUUUUUUUAUUAUUUUCUUCCAGAUUCUUUUUCACUCUGGUUUUAUGACUCGGAGUCGCAGAGAAAACAAAGCACCAAAUUCAGCCAACAAUGGUCUCUAAAGGGAGCGACUCUUCCACUAAAUCUAAAAAAUCACUUGGAGAGUGCUCUAGUGGUGGAGUAGGAAACUUGACACAUAAGUUAAAUCAGCUUAAAAGGCAAAUUCAAGCGGAGAGAAUUGCUUCGAUUAAGGAAAAAGUCGAGAAGAACAGAAAGAAGCUCGAGAGUCAUAUUUCAGAGAUUUUGUCAGCUACAUCAAGUAGAAGCGUUCUGUGUGUGGAGGAGAAUGGAUUUGGUAAAAUGCUUUCUUCAAGAAUCCUAAUUCCUCUAUUUAAGUAUGCUGGAUUUGCGCAAGGGUCAGGAGAUAGAGACUAUUCUAAUGGUCACGAAGUUGUAUCUUCAACAAGUGUCAAGCUUCCGUACGUUGAAAAGUUGCCACCAUAUACGACAUGGAUUUUUCUGGACAAAAAUCAGAGAAUGGCUGAAGACCAAUCUGUUGUGGGGAGGAGACGUAUAUACUAUGACCAACAUGGCAGUGAAGCUUUAAUCUGUAGUGACAGCGAGGAAGAUAUUGCGGAGCCUGAGGAAGAAAAACAUGAAUUUUCUGAGGUUGAAGACCGCAUUUUGUGGAACGUCUGUCAGGAGUAUGGUCUAGGUGAGGAAACAUUGGCUGCUGUCAGCCAAUUUAUUGGAGUCACCGGCUCUGAAAUCCAGGAACGGCAUGGCAUGCUCAGAGAAAAAUACAGUGACCAGAACAUUAAAGAUUCUGAGGAUUGUAGAUCUGAGAAGGGCAUAUCUUUGGACAAGAGCCUCAGUGCUGCCUUAGAUUCUUUUGAUAACCUCUUUUGCCGCCGUUGCUUGUUAUUUGACUGCCGUCUUCAUGGCUGUUCUCAAACUCUAAUUAAUCCUAGUGAAAAGCAGCCAUAUUGGUCUGAAUAUGAAGAUGACAGAAAGCCUUGCAGUGAUCAGUGUUACCUCCGGUUAAGAGCUGUCAAAGAUGUGGCAGAAGGUUCUGGUGUCAAUGCAUUGCAUGGAAUGAAAACAACUUUAGAAGAAAAAGACAAGGUUGCAUCGUCUGAUGCCAAAGAGCAAAAGACUAAUGUUGAUGCAGAUCUCAUGCAAGAUGAAAGAGGCAUCUCUGAAGAAGAAGGGCCUGUUACUUUAGAAGGAAUUAAUGAUUCAGAAGGUGCUGGUAAAGCUCUAACUUCGGUGAUGUCUUCCAUACCAAUAGAUAACCAUGAAAAUUCUGGAAAGCGGAAGGCCUCCCAAGAAAGCUAUAGGCCAUUAGAUGACCUGCUACACUGCUCUGAUAGCAGACAGGAUUCUUCAUGUAAGAAACAAAAGACAUUAUUGGUUUUGGAUGUAGCCACAGAGUCUUCUGAAGCUAUACCAAGUCAUGCCAGUGCUCAAAGUAGUAGAAGUAGAAACUAUCAAGUUUGUACUCUUCAUGAAAAUGAAACUCAAAUUACAGCCAAAAACAACCAAAAUGAAUCUGGUGAACGGGGGUUGGAAACUUCCACCUGUUCUGCUAGUGCUUCCAAGACCAAGGAUAAUACAAGGAAUGGAGCCAAAGAUGUUUUAAAGGUGCCCGAAUCGAAGUGGUCAUCUUCUGAGUGGAAGCCUAUUGAGAGAGAAUUGUAUUUGAAGGGAGUGGAGAUAUUUGGGAGAAACAGUUGCCUUAUAGCCAGGAACUUACUCUCUGGUUUGAAAACUUGCCUAGAAGUAUCGAGUUACAUGUGUGAUGGUGGAUCUUCAACACUAAAUAGGUCCAUCAUGACAAGUUCAUUUUUGGAAGAAAAUGGGAAAUCUGAAUCAGAUUUUAUGGAGCAAGAGAUGUCAGCAAGACCACGAUUGCUUCGUAGAAAGGGUAGAACACGGAAACUUAAAUAUUCUUGGAAGUCAGCUGGCCAUCCCUCAAUUUGGAAAAGAAUUGCAGAUGGAAAAAAUCAGUCUUGCAAGCAAUAUACUCCAUGUGGAUGCCAAUCAAUGUGUGGAAAGCAAUGCCCUUGUCUGAACAAUGGAACUUGCUGUGAGAAGUAUUGUGGAUGCUCGAAGAGUUGCAAAAAUCGGUUUAGGGGAUGCCACUGUGCAAAAAGCCAAUGCAGAAGCCGGCAGUGCCCAUGUUUUGCUGCUGGGCGUGAAUGUGACCCAGAUGUUUGUAGGAAUUGUUGGGUUAGUUGUGGUGGGGAUUCAUUGGGUGAGCCACCGAAACGAGGAGAUGGUCAGUGUGGAAAUAUGAGGCUUCUUCUAAGGCAACAGCAGAGAAUACUCUUGGCAAAGUCUGAUGUUGCUGGAUGGGGAGCAUUCCUAAAAAAUUCUGUCAACAAAAAUGAUUAUCUUGGAGAAUAUACUGGUGAAUUGAUCUCCCACACAGAAGCAGACAAACGAGGGAAAAUUUACGAUCGUGCAAAUUCAUCUUUCCUUUUUGACUUGAAUGAUCAGUAUGUCCUCGACGCUUACCGCAAAGGAGACAAAUUGAAAUUUGCAAACCACUCUUCUAACCCAAAUUGCUAUGCCAAGGUAAUCUUGGUAGCUGGGGAUCAUCGAGUAGGAAUAUUUGCCAAGGAACGAAUCGAAGCUAGUGAAGAACUCUUUUAUGAUUACCGUUACGGUCCAGAUCAAGCACCUGCAUGGGCUAGGAAACCUGAGGGUUCCAAAAGAGAUGAAACAUCAGCCUCUCAAGGUAGAGCGAAGAAACACCAGUCUCAUUAAAGCAACCAUCGGCUAGACCUCUAUAUAUCCUUCAGCUUCUUAGUAUCAUCACAAAAGGGGGAAUUUCUUCGUAAGUAAAACAUAUGCAAUAUUGUGCCAUUAUGCGGUAUAUAGUUAGUUUCAUUAAAGAUAUUAGGGUCAAGAAAAUAAGAUAGAAAUAAUUGCUUUGGCAAACAAACUAGGUGUUAGAAAGAAAUAAUUGCUUUGGCAAACAAACUAGGUGUAUCUAACAAUAAAAUUAUAGGAAUUGGUGGUAGAAAAGCAUGUUAAUCUUAUAGAAAUAAUAGAAAGUUUCAAAAAUGUUGACCCUGUUACUAUAUUUUUAUUGAAUAAAGUUGCAGUACUAGGAUUGUAUUUAGUACUUUGAUUCAAGUAAUUGUGAAAUCAUUACCUGAAA